AUGGAUGUUGAAAAAGACUUGCUGAUAGUUGACGAGGUCGGCGUCUCUAGUCAACAAGCAGGGCGCGAACAAACUUUCGCCCAGCCCGUGUUUUCAGACCCUGAAAGGGUCUAUUGUAGAGUGGCGGAUCCCGGCCAGGAAAGACUCCGCCGAAGCGAAGGCUCGGGUGGAUAUUCGUAUGCGGACGCGAUGAUUGUCAGUGGCCCACCUAAUGAGUUUGAUAAGAUUGAAACCAGAGUCAUUCAAUCGGAAGUCAAUAUGUGGAUGGAAAACAAUAAAUUGAAAUUCAACCAGAGUAUAACUAAAUUGGUUGCAGCGAAUACCUAG